AUGCGUCUCCCGGUGCUUCUCUGCGCGUUGGCGUGGCUGUCUGCGGCACCGGGCCCGGUGGCCGGGGCGGACCGAAGCUGCACCGACCUGCGGCAGUUCUACACCGGUAAAGGGUUCACUCUGGUCGGUGUACCUCAGAGCGAGAUCUCCGGUGAACAUCUGAGGAUGUGUCCUCAGGGUCCGACCUGCUGCACCAGCGCCAUGGAGGAGAAUCUGGCCGGUCUGACCGCCCGAGAGACCGAGGGACUGAUCAGAGAGGCCGGCAGGUCACUGCAGGCUGCCUUCAACGCUCUCCACAGGAGCUUCGACACCUAUUUCACUGAGCUGCACAGUCAUUCCGAGCGCUCCCUCCAGGAGGCGCUGUCUCCGCUCGGCCCUCUGUACUCCCAGAACACCCGUCUGUAUGGCGAUCUCUACACCGACCUGCGACAGUACUACCGGGGCUCUGCUCUCAACCUGGACGAGACCCUGUCUGAGUUCUGGUCCCGCCUUUUGGAGCGCACAUUUAAAACCUCUGCCCCCACAGAGGUCAGCCUAUCGGAGGACUACCUUGAAUGUGUUGCCAAGCAACAGGAGACGCUGCGGCCUUUUGGAGACGUCCCCCGGGACAUGAAGGCAAAGGUGAUCCGGGCUUUUGUCACAGCCCGGUCGUUUGUCCAGGGUCUGAUAGUCAGCGGAGAGGUGAUCAGGAAAGUCUCUCAGGUUUCUCUGAGUCCAGAGUGCACGAAGGCCCUGAUGAAGCUGGUUUACUGCCCUCACUGUCGCGGCCUGGCCUCCGUCAAACCUUGCUCCAGCUACUGCUCCAACGUCAUGAAGGGAUGCCUGGCCAACCAAGCCGACCUGGACCCCGAGUGGCAAAACCUUAUAGACACCAUGAUCCAGGUGGUGUCUAGCUUCAGCACAGAGCCCAGUCUCGACGUGGUUCUCUCCUCAAUCCCUGCCCGAAUCUAUGAGGCUGUGCACUACCAGCAGGAAAACUUGGACACUUUCACAGCAAAAGUGUACCAGACGUGCGGAACUCCGGGCGAACCGGGGACAGGGGGUCCCGCCCUUCACGAGCAGAGGAGGAAGAGCGGCUCCCUGACCGCCUCAGAGUACAAACCCUCCCCGACUGCUGGAGUCAGACUGGAGAUGCAGGUGUCAGACCUCUCCAGUAAGCUGAGGGAGAUGCGACAGUACUGGACCCAGCUCCCCGUGGCACUUUGCAGCAAACUGGCAGCAGGCGGCGCUGGCCAGGAUAAAUGCUGGAAUGGCAUCACCAAAGCCAGAUAUCUUCCAGAGGUGAUGGGUGAUGGAUUGGCCAAUCAGAUCAACAAUCCAGAGGUGGAGCUUGACAUCACGAAGCCAGACAUGACGAUCCGGCAGCAGAUCAUGCAACUCAAAAUUAUGAGCAACAGGCUGAAAAACGCACUGGAUGGCAACGACGUGGACUUCCAGGAUGCUAGUGACGACAUCAGUGGCUCAGGAAGCGGGAUGUGCGUAGGUGGACAGUGUUCUCGGAGCAGACCGGGAUUGUACGCCUACUCGCCAGACAACAACCGAGUCAGAGGCGCAGCCACGUCUCCAUCCCACCUCUGUCCCCACCCGCUCCUGCUCCCACUGGUCAUCCUGCUGCUUCAGCGAUGAGGGACCGCCGCUGCCCCCAUUCAGACUCUGAGGUCUACAGCAGGGCUGA